UAUAUCAUUACCCUUGAAGCUUUACCUCGGUUGCGGACCUUAGCUUGCCAUUUGCUACAUACCUAGUAGGCUAGUACUAUGGAUGGCUUCCCAAUCCAACCAACCGGAGGAAAUCCAACCCAACCAACCGGAGGAAAUCCAACCCAACCAACCCGAGGAAACCCCCAACCAACCCAACCAACCGGAGGAAACCCCCAACCAACCCAACCAACCAGCUUUUCGCACGUUUGGCGAAUUGGUUUCAUACUUGCGAUAUAAGCCAGGACGAGAUACCGUCAGUGACGUACGAAGUGCACUUCUAGUGGUGAUGGCACUGAUUGCUGCCGCUACCUUCCAAGCUGUAAUCAACCCUCCCUUUGGGGUUUCUCAAGACACCAAUAACAACCAUGGGCCGGUAAAUCAGAAAGCGGGCACCGCAAAUUCGGGUUCUGGCUGCAAAGUUCCCGUUUUCGUAUUCGUUAAUACGCUAGCAUUUGCUUCGUCCGGCUACGUCAUCUCGUAUCUUUUCCACCUGUAAUGGCGGUCGCGUGGUACAAUUCAAAGCGGGGGCGGCGUAGAGGGCGUAUUGCACGUCCAGACGAAUCUGUAUAGCUGUGCAUGCGACAAGAACUUGACCGGAUGGGUUAAUUAAUUAAUCUGUCAGAGUUCAGGACCAAGGCAUUGUGGGCUUGGGUUUAUUUAAGUAAUAAAGGAUUAGUAGUCGGCUUCAGUACCCUAGUUGUGUGUGGGCCUCAGUCCUUUAGUUGUGCGUGGGCCUAUGGCCGAUUUCUUUUAUUUAAAUUUCUCAAGUCAGAUCGAAGCUCUUUCACAAUUUGAUAGAGUUGAUUGAACCAAAGUUUUGAAUACUAUACCGGAAGUUGAACCAAA